GGAAAUUGUCUUCACCACUUUUUCAAUACCCGUAUAAAAUAAGAUAGAUAACCGAAAACGGGACUAUUGCAGCACAAUUUCCAACCCAGAAGGGCGUAUGAUGUUUUUGUGUACAGACGUUCAGUAGUGUCCUAGUGUAGUGUUGCCAUAUACUUUAGUGUUUUGGAUUAUAAUCAGCCAUGUGGAUACAACAGAUAGCUGUUGUGGUUUUGUGCAUAGCUUGCACAGUACACCAUGGUGAAGCUGUCGUCAACAACCCCACGUCUGUUAACAAUGCAGAAUCUGGAAAUAACGAAGAGAUAAAAAGUGAGGAGAAAGACACUGUAGCAGCAGAAUCCAAUCUCGAGUCAAACAGAAGAGACGCUCCUGUAUUAUCAGAUUCAUACGGAGUCCCGAUAUCACCAGGCUCCUUGAACGCUUACGGACCCCCACCUCUCCCAGCACCAGUGUAUGGGGUGCCAAAUCACCCUUCCAACAAUGUCGUUUAUCCACCGCCACCCCCUGACAUACCACCACCAGUAUCGACGAGUUACGUUGAUGGCAACAAUUUGGACCUACCAUCUGGCUCUUAUGGUGUUCCGAACUUCAAACCAGGCGUUCCGUUCGAGAAAUAUGGCCCUCCACCGAACCUUUCUACAGACUUCGGGCCACCACCACCACCACCAGUGAAAUACGGCCCACCCAAACUACCCAAGCCUUACAUAUCGAAACCUUUCAAGCCAAGACCAGCUUAUGGACCUCCUAAGCUUCAUUACACGAAGUCCCCGAAACCGAUAUAUGGGCCACCCAAACAUUAUCGCAAGCCCAAACCAUCCUACGGACCACCCAAAUUCACCUAUGGUCCACCAGGCAUCAGCUUAGGUCCUAGUUACUUCAACAAUGGCCCACCCAAAAACGUUUAUGGACCGCCAAAAUAUGUAAUAUCUUCUCCACAUAAUCAUUAUGGACCCCCAGAUCCAGUGCCUCAUCCACCACCCCCUGGUGUUCCUGCUCCCCCAACUCCACCAGAAAUAAAGUAUGACGGCUGGAAGCCUAUCCCUGGUUUAGUUUCACGACCACCAUCUGACAGUUAUGGAGUACCUCAUGGGGAGCCUCAUGGUACCGGAGACCUCCUGUUGAAUAGUGAUUUCACUCCACCUCCAGUAGGUGGAGUUGGUGACAACCACAUUUCGAUAGACUCCCAUUCCAACGUUAAUCUUUUCAGUUCUUCGAAUAAUGGAGCUGUUAGUGAUUCAUAUGGGGCACCCUUGAAUGCUGUAACUGGGUCGGGAAAAAUUGUUACGUCUGCUGUAGGUUCAAAUGAUCAUCAUGGUGACAUCAAAUUGGGACUGUCAGCAGUUGGGGUUAAUUCUGGCCAGAACGAUAAUCUAGCUGUUAUAAAAAGCAUCGGUUACGAAAUAUUGCAACAGUCAAAUGGACAGUAUUAUGUUAAUAACAAUGGGGGUAUCCAUUCAAGCUCCUCGGGUAGUAAAGAUGUACAUAGUGAUGCUUUCUCUGGAGGAAUCAGCAAUUCUUUCCUUUCCGACAGCGACAUACAAUUCGUUGGGGCAACUGGUGGUAGUUAUUUACCUCCAGUUUCUGGAAAUCUCAUUUUGGAUUCUUACAGUGCUCCACCUAGUGAUUCUUAUUCGAUUUCAGGACCGUAUGCUGCCUCACACUCCUACAAAUCUACAGGAUUGUCGUCUUCGAAAACGAAUUCAUUCGAACAGUUCAAGAAGUACCCAUCGUAUAAACCUGAAGGUGGCCUAUCCGACGCGGCUACACAUGGUGGUCUAGUACCUCCAAGUGGACACUAUGGUGUUCCUCCAAGUGGUCAAUACGGCACGCCAUUAAUCGACAGUAGCUCAUUUUUGAAUGCUCUAGAAAUAAAUCCACCGAGACAUCCAGUCGUACAUAGAGAGCCUGUACCAAAUGGCGUACUACAAUCCUUAGAUGGUCGAGGGCAUUAUCACAAGGACGCUAAAGGUUUAGUUCAUAACAUCCAUUCAGCUCAAUCGGCACGUGGUCAAUUCAACGCAGCUUCCACAUACAUACCUCCUCCAGUACCCGACACCUUGAAACCUGUCAAUGAAAAUAUUCCGCAAAUUUCAACAGAUCUAAGUUUGCCAAGCGUUCAUACCCAUUCAUCUUUCAAGGAUAACUCGGUUGCUCAUUCCAAUACAUAUUCAAGUACUGUUAACAUUCAAGGAGCACAAUCUGCAGCUUUGACAAGUUAUCAAGUGCCGUCAACUGGUUAUCAAGACUCUUCUAGUUACCAAACAUCCCUAAACAGUGCCGAUGGUAUUUAUGGUAUUCCAGUCACUUCGUUUGGAUUCAUUCAAGACAAUUCCCACUCAGCUUCGGUUGCUGAUGUGUCACAUGCUGGAAUCAACGUAGCCUUAUCGCAGAAUCAAGGAGCAUAUCCAUUUGGUUAUGCUGGAGUACCUCAUGACUGCAGUGCUUACAAAUCUCAACCCUUACCUGAAAUAACUUAUGGAGUACCACAUCAAAACGCUUACUCCUCUUCUUUAUCUUCGAACUCGAAUAUUGGAGGAAGUUAUCAAGGAUCAGCUCAAGUCACUUAUGGAGUGCCUGACCAGCAAUCCUCCCACAGUCAGAUUGUCACCAAUGAGCAGAGAGGAAACAACAUCGAAGUUAACGAUAAAGAGUCAUUUGCCAAGAACUUAGUACCUGGUGCUGAAGUGAUUCCAUCGCAAAGCAUCGAUUUCCAUAAUGUGCCGAUUCAAGUACCAAACACCUACACAGUUCAGAUUCAGAACAGUGAAAAUACCCACAGUGACAUCUCGUCCGGUCAAUAUUUGAAUGACGCGCUUCUGCAGAGCGUUCUGAAUGCUGUAGAGCAGACUAAAGUUAACGAGCAAGAAGCCAGGCAGAAUCUACAGAUAUCUGCCACUGGUCCAGGUGCAGGUCUUCAGCAACAAGAUUUGGACAGCCAACAUUCCAUAAGGAAUGAGGUAUACGCAUCGUCUAACUCGCUGAAUGAUACUUCGAGCCAAUCUGAAGAAUCUGAUUCUGCUACAGAGGACAGUCCUUUAUCAUUGAUAGGAAAUAACGAAAUCGCUCUUUAUUUCAAUAAAAACAUGGGCAAAAAUUCAGGGGCAUAUGAGGAAACGGAGAACAGCUCUGAUAAGCCGGAACAAUUCGACAGUUUUGGAUAUUUUGGUGAAUCUGAAUCGUCUCAAUCUAAGAAUAAUACGACUGAGACAGUUUCAAAGUGAGAAUGAUCAAAAGACUGUGGGACGUCGCUUAGAAUAGUGAUAAAAAGAUGAUGGCGAUGCCAUA